AUGGUAGCCAAUUUAUCCGUUGCAAAAGUGCUCAAUGGAUUACUGUCCAAAAAUACACCAACAGUGAUCUAUGCUAAACCUUUAAAACGUUCAAUUAAGGUAGCCACUGCUUUAUUGUCUUUUUCCUUCUUUGGCUAUGGUAUAUCGUUUGCCAGCUGGUCAUGGGAAUCAUCGUUAUCACGUUUAAGAGACUUGAAACAAAGAGAUGAGAUAGCUAAAGGGUCUACGUGGGAGAAAGUGAAAUUCUAUGCUUCCACGUUAUCGCCUUUUAUUCUGCCCAUCUUACCACUUACUAUCUCAGUGGGGGCUCUCUUGGUGAGAUCAAGAGUUGUAUCUAAAGUUACUUAUUACCCCCCAAUUACAGCUGGUUCGAAGCCACUAGUUGAAUUUACUCGUAAUAGCUUGCUAUUAAGUAGACCUGUGGUGACCAAAAGACUGGUACCUUCGAUUAAUACGGUAGGCAAAACUAAGAUAUUUACCGGGGAAGGUACAAAUGGAGCAGAAAAUAAAAGUUCUUAUAUAUUUUACCUCACUGACAAGAAUCCAUUAGUCGAACAUUUUUGGGAUAAGAUAUUCAUUUUCCAGAGAUCUGGGUCAUUCUUUAUGGACGAUCCAAGAACUUUUGAUGCUUUAUUUGGAGGUGAUUCAAUCAAGUCAUUAGAUUCUUUAAAAAGGAGUAAACAACUAAGUAAUGUAACUAAUAACAGGACCGAUACAUAUCAACAAGAAGAAAAAGAAGCUGAAGACAACAAAAGACUCUUGAGUAAACUAUCAGAGAAGCAGUUGCAAAGAGCAAAAAUACAUUCCAACUCGGCUAAGAGCAUUGUACAGAAUAUUAAUUCCAACCAUAAAAAAAUCAUUAAUAUAUUUUGGAGGACAGCAAUAGAACUCUGA